AGAGCGCAUGGUUUAUCAUUACCUCCUCAGUCUGUCUGCUGACAGAACAGAGACAGCAUGAAGCUGUGUGUCCUUCUUCUGCUCGCUCUGAGCGCCAAGGCCUUUGCCCAAGAUGAGUCCUGUCUAAACCGAUGUGAAAAUGGCUUUGAGGCUCAGAGGAAGUGCCAGUGUGACUCCAUGUGCAAGUAUUACAAAAGCUGCUGCUCUGACUUUGAGGUCAUCUGCGGUAUGACGACCCGUGGUGACACCUUUGUGUUUGCAGAGGAUGAUGAUGAUGAUGACUUGUUUGAAACCCCCACUUCCUCCCCUGAAGGUGCCCCAGCUGUUGCAUCCACCCAGCCCCCCGCCCCAGACUUUAACCAAAGAGGACAUAAACCUAGGGAGUCCAAUCUGGAAAUGACCAAACCUUCGCGACUUGUGAAUCAAAGAGUGACCCCUGAAAGUGAGCUCGCCUCCACAACUGAAGCUGCUCAGACUUCUCCAAACACCACAGCAGCUCCAAACACAACAGCAGCUACCACUGAAGCACCCGAUCCAGAUGCUGUGGUCUGUAGUGGAAGGCCUUUUGACUCCUUCAUGCAGCUUAAAAACGGCUCCAUCUACGCCUUCAGAGGGGAGUACUUCUUUGAGCUGGACCAGAAGGCGGUUCUUCCCGGUUAUCCCAAGCUGAUAAAAGAUGUGUGGGGCAUCAGUGGGCCAAUCGAUGCUGCGUUCACCCGCAUCAACUGUCAGGGGAAGACCUACAUCUUUAAGGGAAACAAGUACUGGAGGUUUGACGAUGGCGUCCUGGAGGGUGACUACCCACGGGACAUCAGUGUUGGGUUUGACAAGAUUCCUGAUCACGUUGAUGCAGCGUUCGCCCUUCCUGCUCACAGCCACCAUGGAAAGGAGAAAGUUUACUUUUUCAAAGGCGACCAGUACUACGUGUACGAGUUUUUACACCAACCCUCCCAUGAGGAGUGUGCAGCCAUGUCUGAGAGGUCUCCGUCAACACUCUUCAGGCAGUACACAGACCUGUACUACAGCAACUAUGAGCGCUUCUUCAGUGAACUAUUCUCCGACUUGCCUCAGCAUCAUGACAAGCAUCACUUCAUUAACAAAGACUGGAAAGGCCUCAAGUCUCCAAUUGAUGCAGCCAUGGCCGGCAGGAUCUACGUCUCUCCUUUGAGGCCAUCAUUAUGGCUAGACCAGCAGUGGGGCCAGCAGUACCAGCAGAACAGAUGGCAGAGAGGUCAGAGGCGGUGGAACCGUUCCCCCUCCUGGGGGUCCAUGGCUGAGCAGGGUAUGAGCAUGGGGCAGGGGUUUGCAGAGAGGGGCAUGGAAAUGGGUCUGAGACUGGCAGAGAGGAGGAUGGAGAUGGAGGAGAGACUGGGCCGAGACUGGGACAGGAGGCGGGAUCAGGACUGGAACCAGGACAGACGAUGGAAUCAGGACUGGGACCAGAACAGAAGGUGGGAUCGGGACUGGGAUCGUUACAACCAGAACAACAGAGGCAACUAUGACACCAGAAAUGAUCGAUUCCUCCAAAGGGAAAUGCCCAUCCAGAGUGUUUUCUUCUUUAAAGAAGACAAAUACUACAGAGUGGACCUCAGGACCAAGAGAGUGGAUCCUGCUAUGCCUCCAUACCCCAGAUCCAUCGCCAAGUACUGGCUCGGCUGUUCAGACGCAAACGGAAAGGAGAAGAAGUAGUUUAACCCAUUUACCCUUGUUGUCUGUUUUUGUCGUGUGAGUUUAAAAUAAUGUUUAACUGAUGAGUCAUGUUCAUAGAAGCUAUCUGUGCCAAACAUUUGCAGCGUCAUUCAUAAAGAUCAGCAAACAGCAGCAACCAGAGAAAGUCCAAAGGGUCAAAGUUUGAAUGUCUGGUUUUCUGAGUGGCUACCAUGUGUUUGCAGCGUCAGCUGAUUGACUUUAUCAAACACGCAAAACGGACUCAAGUCAGAUAAUCACAAGAUGGCAAAGAACUAACAAAAAAUGUUGAAAAAAGUCUUCCUUAUACUUUCUAUUUCAUGUCUACUAUUUGUAACUUUAACAAAAAUGAGUGAAUGAAGAACAAUAUACUGCAGAUAUGUUAGUUCCAAUCAACAGACCCCCAUAACAGGUGAUUUCCUGUUAGAGAACAGCAACAGUACAGCAGCGGAUGUGAAAAUGCACAGAAGUUCAACUUUGUCUCUAGUACUUCAUUACGCAACAGAGGGAAUCUACACUGCAGGGGAAAUAAUUAGGACAACCCACAACAUGUUUUUCUUCUUGUAUAUCUGUUCUGAAGGAUAUGUUACAUCAAUCUGAGCAAUGCAGAGAAAUUCAAUCAAUGUAAAUAAACAAGAAAAACUAAAGGUAACUGGUGUGAUACAGUUGCACAUCAAAUGAGCCACAAAUCAGUCAUUCAUUUCAAUGAAAUUUGUAGGUUUGCCACAAAAUCUGACCAUUGAGAUAAGAGAGUACUCCCUCAUGAUGUUAAAUGAGGCUUUUAUGAAUAAUAUUAAGUAGAUAAGAAGUCUGGUAGGAGAAUUAAAAGUGAUGUCACAGUAGAAAUCAGACAUUUAAUUGUGGAUGGCAUUCAAACAACUUCCAACUUUCAAAAUUCUGAUCAUCCAGUUUACUCCGAGUUGGACAUGAUGUCUCCAAAGAUCCUUAAAUGUGAUAAUAGGACCUACAGUACUGUUGGUAUGAAAGUGAGUACCUGUAAAAAAUAAAAUAAAAUAAUACUUAAUUGAAGGCCAGACUAAGAUUUGCCAGAGGAAGCAUAAACAUAUACACAUAAACCAGAAACCCAUCUGUGAAGCAUGGAGUUGGAAGUGUCAUGGUCUGGGGAUGUCUUGAAAAUCCGCUCAAACUGGGCUCUGAAUGAAAAAGUGCAAAGUUUUUAGUCCAGAUCUUGAACUCAAUGAGAGGCUCUAUGGUGACUUGAAACAGUCUAAAUAGCAAAAAACAGAAAGAAGAACUUUCCUCAGAUCGACAUCAGGCUUCAAAAAGGUGUCUCUAUAGACAAAACAAACAAAAAAAGAUGUAAUCCUAAUUUUUAUUUCUACAAAAGCAAUUCAACUUGUGUUAAUUUUUUAAUAUUACUUGCUGUUGCUCAAGCUGUGAUGUGAUGUCAAACAAAUUAGCAGCACAGAAACCGCUAUGAAGUCAAUGAAAAGGACUUCUGUUUAACAGCUCUACAGAUAUUUGAAUCACAUGCUGUUCUAUCUUGUUGAUCUUGUUCUGAAGUGUUUUUCAUGUUUCAUUCGUUUUCAUAAUCCAAAUAUCAACUGAUUGUAGCGUUAUCGUGUAAAUGAUAAAUUAA